UUUUUUUUUAUGGACCAAAAUUUUAAUCAAACCAAAAAACAUACCCUCCCGAAACGUGCAAUUUUCGCUUUCUCAUCUUUCGGCGGCAAGAGCGACUGCAACCGUUGCCCGAUUUCAUCCCCAACGACAAGUUUGCUACUCUCCACUGUUUCUUCCUUGCAAAGAUCUAAAGUCCCCCCUUUCAAUCUCACUUCCCAAUUUCCUUUGUGGGUCUCUCUCUCCUGAACGGGCUAAUCGCUAUUGCUUAGAGGUGGGGUCGAAUUUAUUUAUGGCUAUCUAAGCUAUUGUUCGUUCUUUUUACCCAGCAGGGUUUAUUCUUCAAUUUUGGUAGGAUUUAACGGAGUAGCAUGAACUGUUUGAUUGGUUUGUUCGUCUCUUUGAUUUGGAAUUUUAUUUGAAGGAGUGGUCUUAUUUUCUAGGUUUACUGUGCGUUGUAAUCUAGUCCUUUUGCUUAGCAUCUAAAGCGAGAAGCACAAUCGCAUAACCAUGUCUAGGAUUGACGAUUUACCAAAUUCUAGGCCACCAUUCUUAUGAUAGAUAGAUUGAAAAGAGUGGAAAAGAGAAGCGUAACAUGAUGAAAUUUGGUAACUCUUAUUAUAAUGGAAAGAAGCUCUUUGGUUUUCUCGUAAGAGGUCGAAAUUUAAUUGGCGUAGCGUCUACCACAGUUGCGGCGGCAUUUCUUUCUUCUAGUUCUGCGAGUUCCGGUUCCAAAAUCGCGGCCAUGGACGAUCUUGGUCUUCAAAACUUGAGGACCAAGCUCUGUAUCAUUGGAAGUGGCCCAGCCGCCCACACCGCCGCCAUAUAUGCUGCCCGGGCUGAGCUGGGGCCAAUCCUCUUCGAAGGAUGGAUGGCCAACGACAUUGCGCCGGGUGGACAGCUCACCACCACUACCGAAGUUGAGAAUUUCCCCGGUUUCUCAAACGGUGUCCUUGGAAUGGAUCUCAUGGACCGGUGCCGCAAUCAAUCUCUCCGUUUCGGAACUCAGAUUUUCACCGAAACUGUUAGCAAAGUCGAUUUCUCCACUAAUCCUUUCAAGAUUUUCACUGAUUCAAAAACUGUACUCGCAGACUCUGUAAUUGUGGCCACAGGUGCUGUUGCGAAGCGUUUAUCAUUUGCAGGCUCUGGCGAUGCACCAGGAGGAUUUUGGAAUCGCGGCAUAUCCGCUUGUGCAGUUUGCGACGGCGCUGCCCCCAUUUUCAGAGAUAAGCCGUUGGCGGUGAUCGGCGGUGGUGAUUCAGCCAUGGAGGAAGCGAUUUUCCUCACGAAAUAUGGCUCCAAAGUGCACAUCAUCCAUAGGCGAGAUGCUUUUAGGGCAUCAAAAAUCAUGCAGCAGCGGGCCCUGAGCAAUCCAAAGAUCGAGGUGGUUUGGAACUCUGUGGUGGUUGAGGCCUAUGGAGACGGAGAUAAGGGAGUUUUAGGAGGUCUGAAAGUGAAAAACGUUGUUAGUGGGAAGGUAUCCGAUUUGAAGGUUUCUGGGCUAUUCUUUGCAAUUGGGCAUGAACCAGCGACUAAGUUCUUGGAUGGGCAGCUUCAACUCGAUUCUGAUGGUUACAUAGUGACAAAUCCGGGGUCGACUCAGACUAGUGUUCGGGGAGUUUUUGCAGCCGGAGAUGUACAAGACAAGAGAUAUAGACAGGCCAUUACUGCCGCUGGAACUGGUUGCAUGGCUGCUUUGGAUGCAGAACAUUACCUACAAGAGAUUGCUACUGAAAAGAGUAAAUUAUAAAUUUUGAUAUGUAGUUGGAGAUCUACCAAUUAUUUCUUGACAAGAAAAAAUGUCUUUUACAGGGUACUAUCCAGAGGUUAGAAUAAAUAUUCAUAGGUUGAAGCUUAAAAAAACAAAAAAACAAAAAAAAAAACAAAUUGGUUAUAAAAAAAUGUUUUAUUUGUUUUAUUUUAUUAUUUUGAAGCAAAAGCAAUUUAAGCAUCAUAACAAAGGAAGUUUUACUAUUAAUUGACAUGAGACGA